UGGCCUUGGCUACCUCCUUGCACUGCCCUGUCUGGCAAGCCCUCUAGCAGGUGCAGGCCCAGGUCUCUAUCUAAGCUAGCACAGGGCCAGUGUCCUGGGGUUGCAGGAUGCUGGUGGAAGAUAUAAUGGAAACAUUUCUAGGCAGCGGUGGCAGGUCCUAGGGCUGCUUGUGGGAGCCCAGUGGAGUCCCUGCCUCUCCCAGUGGCCUGAAGUGGCCAGGACUUGUGGCCGCCCCACCCCGGCCCUGCAGAGUAAACAUUCCCAGAACCUCCCACAGGCAUAAACACUUGCUCCAAGCUGGCAGCUGGGCCAGGCCCCGCCUGCCAAGCUGUUUUCCUCUGAGAGCCUUCCUGAGCCCUGCUAUUUUUGGCCCUCGUGACAGUAAUUGAUUGCUGGUGGAAAGGUAUAAAAGCAACUGCCAGCCUCAAAGUUCGCCAGACAGCUUGGGAGGGACUCCGCUCUGGACAGCAGUACAUGGGACAGAGGCCGUGGUACAUCAUCCUCGUUUUCCUCCGGCCAGCGAUCUGACGAGGGACACAGGGUCCAACCGCUGGACCCCGAUCUCUUUGCCCCAAGCUUCCUGGGACCUUUCCUCGGACUCCUUUGCCCAUCCAGCAUCCCUGCUACCCCCAGGCCCCCUCAGCUACAGUUUGCAGUUUCCCCGUGGCAAGGAGCCAUGAGGUCCCGGCUCUUGCUUUCUGUGCCCCAUCUGCCCACAAUUCGGGAGACCUCAGAGGAGAUGCUGCCUGUGGGGCCCGGAGAGGAACCCCCUGCCUCCCCCAGCCUGGAUGACUACGUGAGGUCCAUUUGUCAGCUGGCACAGCCCACCUCAGUGCUGGACGAGGCUGCAGCCUGGGCCCGGCCUCGUAGACCCCACCGACCAGGCCGUUCCUGCGAGAAGAGCCGCUCUGAUGGGUCCCUUCAGGACAUCACCACCCACUUCAGCGGCCAGCAGCCUGUGCUGCCCAGGGCCGGCCCGGCUGACCCCCUGGACUGGCUCUUUGGGGAGUCUCAGGAAAAGCGGCCAAGUAGAAGGGACCUGCCAAGGAGGACUGGACUCCCUGCGGACCCCCAGGCUCUGCGUAAAGAAACCAACAGUGGCAAGGCCCAGGGGGGCCCCAAAGGGAGGCUGUGUGAGGCCAGGGCCCCAGAGCACUCUCUGGAGAGACCACUGAGGAACUGGCACCAGUGCUCCCCAGCUUCCGUGCAACCUGGCAGGGAUGCAGCCUCCUCCACAAGUCCCCGCCGCAGCAGCAUCCUCAGAACUCUUUAUUUGCACCUCCCUGUGAUCCAUGAACUCUGACCUCUCCCCAAUAAAGGCUUCUGUAAAUAGUA